AUUACUUUUCUUGGGUCUUCCAUGAACUUAAAACUUUGUCUAACACUAUUGCAUACCCAAAUGGUGGAAUUGUCUAAUCAAUUAACCAACUGAUUUUUUUUGUUAAUUAUGAUGCAAGGAUGGCGCACAAGCAUAGUUCUGGCCAUUGCCGUGGUUGCUCCUACACUUUCAUUGUUUAUAUGCGGCAUUAUUUCCUUCAAAUUCAUCAAAAGGCACAGAAAAGGUAAUAGUUCACAAGAUGAGGGUGAGGUGAAUGUGAACCAAGAAGACGAAGUACUAGUCAGGGCGGCAGGAAUGAGUUCUGAGUUCACUGUUUAUGACAUUUUGCAAGUAUUGGAGGCUACAAAUAACUUCUCGGAAGAAAAUAAACUUGGGCAGGGAGGAUUUGGUCCAGUAUAUAAGGGCCGAUUUCGUGAUGGAUUGGAGAUAGCCGUAAAAAGACUAGCUUCACAUUCGGGGCAAGGGUUCAGAGAGUUCAAAAAUGAAAUCGAGCUCAUAGCCAAGCUCCAGCACACAAAUCUGGUUGGGCUCUUGGGAUGUUGCUGUCAGAGAGAUGAGAGAUUACUAAUCUACGAGUAUAUGCCAAACAAGAGCUUGGACUUCUAUAUUUUCGAUGAAAUACGAAGGGUUUUACUAGAUUGGAAUAAACGCUUGGCCAUAAUAGAAGGGAUAGCGCAAGGAAUUCUGUAUCUGCAUAAGCACUCUCGGCUACGUGUCAUCCAUAGAGAUCUUAAAGCAAGCAACAUACUCCUUGACCGUGAAAUGAAUCCCAAAAUUUCAGACUUCGGUCUCGCAAAAAUAUUUACCUUAAAUGAUACUGAAGGAAACACAAAAAGGAUUGUCGGGACAUAUGGUUAUAUGGCUCCAGAGUAUGCUUCUGAGGGCCUCUUCUCAAUCAAAUCUGAUGUAUUUAGCUUUGGUGUGUUGAUUCUUGAAAUCAUCAGUGGAAAAAGAAAUUCAAGUUUACAUCAAUACGGGGACUUCAUAAACCUUCUUGGACAUGCAUGGCAGUUGUGGAAAGAUGAAUUAUGGCUUCAAUUAGUGGACACUUCACUAGGCGCUGAGUGCCAUACACUACCGAUGAGGAGAUGUAUUAAUGUUGCAUUGUUAUGUGUGCAAGAGAAUGCAGUCGAUAGACCCACUAUGUCAGAAGUGAUAACGAUGCUAUCUAGUGAUAAUAUGGUCCUACCUGAACCUAAGCACCCGGCGUAUUUCCAUGUAAGAGUGGGAAUUGAAGAAACGUCGUCCCAUGUAGUUGAUUCAUUUGGUGUUAACGAUGUUACAGUAUCUGCUCUACACGGAAGGUAGUUUUCUAAUUUAAUUCCAGAUCAUGUUGAGAUUAGUAUUUCGGUCCAUUCAAGGGCUUUAUUUUGUCUUAACACCGAAAUUAUAAAUUAGUAACGGUAAGUGAGACACUAUUCCAGAAUGGCUUCUUCUAAUAAUACUAGACUGCUGGGGAUUCAAAGAUGAAAUCCGUGAAACAACUAUGCUUGCUUCAGAUCAGGACAGGAGCGUUUGAUGAUUCAGCACUGCUGAGCACAACAUCUGUGUAACUUCUGUAGUUCCAUACUUCCAUUUGACCGUUUCAUGCAUAGGCAGUUAAGCACUGCCACACUGAUAAGUAAUGAGAGAUA